AUGCAGGUGGCGCUCGCCGCAUUCCUGCUGGCCCUGGGCACGCGGCAACGGCGGCGAGCAGCGUCCGUAGGGAAGGGCAAGAUGGCUGAUCAAGGAGAUAGUGAUUCUGAUGGAGUAAAGUCCACAUCAAUCACUGAGUUGGAGUCUUCUAGAAAUGAUGAAUCUGAUUCUUCUGGUACUGGCAACGCUCCUGCGGAUCUCUGUGUUUCGAUUGGCAGAUCAAAGAUGAAAUCAAAUUCAUGCCAUGAAUAUAGAAGCAAGGACAAGAUUAUCUUUACCGAAGUUGAGGUCAGUUGCCAAGUCAUUGAGUUUGACCCAAAGGAAAAUUGUUCAGACACUUGGUUUCCACCAUCUCUUAGAUUCGUCUUGCAGCAAGUACCAACGAUCAAUGAGCUUAUGGCUAUGAUCACUGAUGAUUUAGAAGGUGACAAGUUCAAGAAGUAUUCACAAUUUGCUUUCUAUCAAAUGGCAGUUGAAGACUUGAAGGAAAACAUGCCCAACUCCAAACUUUCACUUCUCACCCUCGCCCACACUGGUUGGUCUGGUGUAGUGGUAGAUACAUAUUAG